GUGAGGGUUGGGUUACCCCAGACGUUAAUAAAAUACAUCUAAUGGGUAAUUAAAUAAUAGUCUAAAUAUUUAUCGUUAACUUCCGGCCGCGGCUGUAUCUCUUCUAGCAGCAAGAGAGCUCCACAGGUGAACGCAAAUGGAGGAAACCGUCAUCAAGUACAUACAUUGUGGAAGAAGCAUUUACAGUUUCUCGUGUCCGAACGGCGGAUAUUCUGAGAGACCUGGAGGAGCCGCUCGUCAGUGUCCGAUCUGUCUUCAGAUUCUCACUUUCGGGCUUUUAGACGCCCCGGUGUGUGUUCCCUGUCCGCUUAGGAAUGGACACCAAGUUUCCUGCGCGUUUCUGAUAGGAUCUGCGCACGGGCCCUCACAUCUGGGAGAGUGGCAGGACUCAGAGAUCCAUGUGGGCCUGUCAGAUUCAGCAGGUCUGGUCUACAACUACACACUGUCCGGGGUCCAGCGGGAUGAUCGCGGCUGGGAACAGUGUGUGUGUGUGCAGCUCGUCCCUCCGUCGAGACCUGAGCUCCGGGAAUUAUGGGAUACACACCUCCAGCUGUUUGCCCUGCUGCCAGAAUGGGCUUCAGAGCGGUUUGAAGAGGAGCGUGAGUUCGGCUCCUGCUGCUAUGGCUUCGCUCUGACCUUCAUAAACCGCAUGCGUUCACUGGACAAUAAAGACUGUCUGAGCAGAGAUGAGUUCACUGGACGGUACAUCUUACCCCGCAUGAAGACCGUGUCCCUUUACAUCAGCAUCUACCAGACGAUAUUACAACACGGCUUUCACAUAGCUAAUACAGCGGAUGACGAGUGAUACUUCAUUCAUUUUCCUUCAGCUUAGUCUCUUAUUCAUCAGGGGUCACCACAGCAGAAUGAACCGCCAACUAUUCCAGCAUAUGUUUUACGCAGUGGAUGCCCUUCCAGCUGCAACCUAGAACUGGGAAACACCCAUACACAUUAAGUUGAUCAGUUCCCCUAUAGCACAUGUGUUUGGACUGUGGGGGAAACCGGAGCACCUUGAGGAAACCCACACCAACACUGUAACUAGUAAACAGCUAAUUUCGGUCAUCAUAGCAAAGACAAAAGAUAUUAGUUAUUAGAAAUGAGUUAUUAAAACUAUUAUUUAAAUAUGAGUUGAAAAAAUCAGCAUUAAACAUCACAUCAAAAAACACUGCACAGAAGGGCUAACAGUGUAGUCUCCAGCUGUAGAUACACAGCAGUGAUCUCCUCAACCUACUUGACAGCUCUUCAUGAAUUAUUUGCAAGCUGAUAUACGUCUGUUGUGAAUCCCCAGUCAGUGUAGCGUGAUGUGUUUACAGGAUUCAUUUCCCACAUCACAGUCGGAAUACCUGUAAAUACAAGCUUUAAGCAAAGACAUUUGGGUUUACAUUGCAGGUGAACACACUUGGAGCAAGUCCACUAACCUACUUUCAGUAUAUCUGCAUCACACUCUUUGAGGAAAAGUAAUGUAUGUGAUUAAAACACCACAAUUGAUGUUAAAUUAAAAAAGAAAUGAAAAAAAAAAUGGUUUAAA